AUGGGACUGGAUGAUUGGAAUAUAGACAAGUUCGUCGAUGAAGCCGCUAGACGUAUCGCAGAAGGAAUGGUGAAAGCUAUGGAAAAGGCGUGUCGUGAAAACCCCCGAUUUCGCGAGCAAGUCCUACAACACGAACGGAUGAGAAUAGCUGAACUAAGAGAGCAAGUCAAGGAUAAUGUGAGUGAGCAGAUAGAAGAAUGGGUUGAAAAGCGGGCAAAGGCAGAACAGAAAAGAAAGCAGAAGCUGAAACAACGCAAACAACAACGGAAAGAUCGUAAGAAGAAAACUAAGAGACAUAGACGCAGGACAUGGAUAAUUUUCCGAGAGUUCGUUAUGGUAUUUCCCUGUCAAAUGGUAGCUCUUGAACUGUUGGGGAUCAAGUUUAAGAGUUACGAAGAUGCUAAUUUAUCUCCAAUCAUCCUCGAAGAAGCAUUUGUUCCAAGAAAUAAGAAAAAGAAAAAGUUGAAUUAG